AGAUAUUUGUAUCAAUAAACAAUUGCACGUACAACUUUGUGUAUGCCCAGUUGUAGAAUAAGAUUAUAAAUAUACAAUGUUGCUCAAUAUUUGCAAAGAUCAAGAUUAAUUAAAACGAGCCGACUGUGCAAUUGUUUAAUGAUUAGAAAUUAUAAAUGAUUAUUAUGAUAAAAAUACAAUAAAUAAUUCAGUAAAACGUGAAAAGACAAACGAGUAUUAACUACUGAUAAAAAAACAAAAUAUUGUUACAAGUCAUCGUCACAUGCAUCAUACUUAACGUAAAACUAAAUGGUGUAUAAUAAAAAAACGACGAAUGAUAAUAAAAAUUUUCCGCGGUAAAAAGAUAGGUAAUUUUAUUUUCUUUCAGGUACAUAUUAAGCAAUUUACUUUUCUUAACUUUUUCAAUGACUUUAUCGUAAAAAACUCAAAUCACAAAACUGAAAAAUCACUAUAAAAAAAAACGAGUAGACAAAAGGUAAAAACGGACACACACACGCAUCCGUACGGACAUUUUCCAAAAAGACCAUUUCUCGACUCAGAAUGCAUCAAAACACACUUCCCACACGUUUUUAGACAAACUCAAAAAAUCACUAUUACAAGGCUUCCUAGGAAGGAAUAAAUUAUAUCUAAAUAAAAUAUCACUUGCUCAUCAAAACCAAAAACCAAUAAAUGCAAAAUUGAAAUCCAAAACCAUCACUAUUUUUGGUACAAAAAAACCAAAUUUCUCGUUAAAAAUGUUUUGUAUAGACUUUUUACCUUGAUAAUCAUCAAAUUAUUUGUUUAUUUCUGCAAUUUUCCUUUAAUUUAUCUACAUCUGAAACUUUUACUAAUGUAUAAAGAUUUUCAUGAAUUUCGGACGUUAUUAUAACCUCUGAUUACUGAAUUUUCACAUUUAUUUACUCUAAUAACACUCGUGAUAAACAGAUUUACCGUAUCUCAUCACUGGGAAAUCUGUGAAAGGUCAAAUCAGGAUUUUUUGCCUUCGAUGUUCCACAAUCGGUGUAGACACAAAGUGCACGUGGAGGCGACAUGCUGACCACGAAAUCUUCUUCGCUAAACACGAUAAACCUAUCCAAAAAAAUCUCACGAAACUAGAACGAUGUACUUCCCUAUUCACUACUAUUAUUUAUCGCUAUUUGUUGCAAAAAAAAUCUGUAAACUGUCGACUACAAUGACCAACAAACACAGAGACUGCGGUAAAGCUCUCUUCGCGCUGUUUACACAGCAGGAUCGAGCGGGAAACUGACAGGAGCUGCGUUUUCGCGGUUUUUUCCUAGUCAGAAAAAUAUGGUUGUCGCAACCAAUACUUUUGUAAAACCUCCUUACACACUCAUUAUUCAUUUUCUUGUCAUUUAUUUACUUUCAUUAUUGUUAAAAAGUAUAUUUUACAUAAUAUACUGCAUGAAUGAUGAAUCGUCUGCUUGUGCGUGCUCAUAUGCGCGCCAAGCUGUAGGAAACUCAUAGGUGGCGCCGCCGAGCGGUUGGGUAACAGAACUAACGGCCUGUUACCCAAGCUUUCGUCCCCCCAUUUUAACCCAGAACCGUUCUUCUAUAGGAAGUCUAUAUUCGUUGGUAAAUAUAUCUGACUCGCGGACUAUAACAGAUAUGUUAUUGCAUGUAUCAAUCAUAACAUUUAUUCAAAUGCAAUACCGUCGGUUUGCAAACUUCUUUGUUAUAAUUGCUUGAUGAUUAUAAUUACAUAAAAUAAGUGAGAUUUAUAGUGCGAUAAACGCAUAAAAAGUUUAUUUCUGUAGAUUCACUGUUUGUUGUUGAAAAUAAAUACAUAAUAUUUGUACAAUAAAAUAUUCUUUAGCAUAGGUUAUAUCAGUAUGUCUGAGCAUUAAAACAGUUUUUGCUUGGCAGCAUCAUCUAUAUAAAUUUACAUAUCCGUAUGUUUUAGUAUUCCUUGCUUGGAACUCAUGCAAAAACAACUUACUUUUAUUUUUAGUGUAAAUUAUAUAAACCUAAAAGAUUUAACCUAAAAAAUGUAAAGUCCGUAAGAUGAAUCUUCAAGAUACAUAAGACACGCAUAAUUUGUACUAUAUAAUUAUUACUUCGAUAUUGUAUUGUUGAUCUGUAUACAAAUGAAUUAAAUGUAAGCAUAGAGCAUUGCAUAACUAGUGUAUAUUGGGACAGAAUUCUGUAAGCUGGUAAUAUGGUUCAUGGACUAUUGUUAUCAACAACAAACUUGUAUGCUGUUCACAAAAUUUUCACCACUGGGACCAUAUUCUUCAAGUUAUAUAUUUCUUGUACUUUGUUGUAAUAGGCUAUAGACUUGUAUGCCAUCUAUAAAAUUUGGACCAGCAUGCAAAUUGAAAGCACCCAAAAACUUCCUAGACCACAUACAAGUCUGUCGUCAAUAACGAGAAACUACUACACAAGUCCACACAGAUUACAACUUGCUUGUUCCAAUGCAUUCCAUCCUCCUAUACAUAGCAGUAAUAGAUUCAUAAUCAUAUUUGACUCAUGAUAACUCCUGUAUUCCCAGUUUAGUUAUGUUAUCUUUUGACUAAUGAUGCCGAUUUGGAAAUUUUAUGAUAAAACUCAGGAUUAUGAUGCACUUUUUUUAUUUUGUCAGCUUUAUUACGUUAAAAUUAUAUCAAUAUUGUUACAUAUAAAGUACCAUGACUAUCAAGAUAUACAAAUAUACAACAUGUGAAGGAGUUUAUUAGAAAAUGAAAAUGACAAGAUUACUUUUUGAACUGAUAGAGUGUGAUGAUAAAACUAGACAUCAGCUUUAUUUUCAUUAAAAGUAUAUUGUAAUAAAAACAAUGGGAGACUUAGUAUUUACUACCUUUCCUCCAUCUUUAAUGGAGGUAUCUCCUGCAUACUGGAAUUAUUCCGAUCAUGUUAAUCUUGAUAAUCUUAAAAUGGAUAGUAAUUUUAUUUGGCUACUCUGUUCUCUUGUAUCAACAAUUUCUUGGGUUAUUUAUAUAGCUUAUUAUAACAGCCGUGUUAUUGGAUAUAUUUUAACAAAAUUAUUGAAUCGUUUUAUUGGGAAAGAUUCAUAUUUUAAAAUUGGAUCUUUUACGUUAUGUGCACUUAGUGGCAAAAUAAUGUUCCGGGAUGUAGCAUAUAUUACAACAGAUUAUAGUGUCAGAGUGCAAGAUGGGUAUCUUAUAUUUAGGUGGUGGAGAAGUUAUGUUCCAAAGGAUGUUUCUGAGGAUUUGUCACAUUCUGAUACUCGUCUCUCUGUUAUGUUAAAUGGAUUUGAACUACAUUGUUAUAAUCGUUGUCAAAUGUAUGCACAAUUGGAAAAAACUUUUGGCCUUACACCACAAAUGUUCUCAGAAGAAGUGAUUCACACUAUGGAUGACCAGGAUACUGCGGCAAAAAGAAAAAAUACUAAAGCAAAAAGACAACAAUCAACCACCAUAGAUGUAUCCAGACAUGUAGAUAAUAUUAGAAAGAAAGAAGCUUACGUGAUAGCAAGAACAUGGAGAGAUUUAAUACCAGUUAUUAAAUUGGAUAUCUGUACUGGUAGAUUAGUGUUUGGUAAUUGUUUAGUACCUACUACUUUAUCAAUAACUGUUGAGGAAGCUCAUUUUGUGUAUUCUACCAAACCUGCAGCUUCGCGACAUGAUCAUUUUAUGCAUUUUACAAAGUGCAAAGCAGAAAAUUUCAAAGUUAUCCUGGCUCCAAGUCCUAAAUAUACUGGAAUGGUAGAUGAGCCACCUCGAUACAUGGGAGAAGGUUUUGUUGUUUUGAAUUCAAAUAAUAUGGAACUUUAUUAUUACAUGGAUGAACCAGGGGUUGUACCCGAACAUCCAGAAAUGAUAAGAUUAGUGAACGGGGAUAUGGUUGAAGCAAUGCCACCUAUUUGGGGUAUUGAUAUAAAGUGUGGAAAAGGGACAGAUUUUAGUUAUGGACCAUGGGCUGAUCGACAGAGGGAACAUUUAUUCAAAUUCUUCUUUCCUAAUGAUUAUCAGCCAUUAAAAGUUACAAAAGCUCCAGUUCCAGGUGACAAAAGACAGGUUCAAUCAUUUGAUGUGCGCUUAUCCACACUGAAUGAGGCAACCAUUGACAUUUUGUUUAGUAAAAAUAAAGAAACUAAUGCUGUUCAUGUUAAUAUUGGGCCUGGUUCAUAUUUAGAAAUCACAAUGCCUUGGAUAGUUUUACAGAAUGGAUAUACAACUAAAAUUACUGGACAGUUACUGCAUCUUGAGGCAACUACGAGCCUGCAAUACCGAAGUUUAGUGGAAAGCGAAACAUUAGAAUUUGUUGUAAAAUGCCAUUAUCCCAUAAUAUGGAAUGAUGAACAAGAAUGGACUUUGAAUUUGACAGGUUGUAAAGCUACAGCUAAUUUAGUUUAUUCACACAAAGAAUUUUUUCAAGAUAUGAUCAGUGAUUGGUCAAAUAAAUCAAGACCUGACAUUCUCUAUUUCGUACCAUACACAUGGAAAUUUAGUUUACUUUUAAAAGAAUUUGAAAUCAUAACAAUAUGCAAUGAAUUUAAUUGGAUUGAUUGUUCAUCUCAAAAUCAAGAAAAUGCUCAUAUAGCCUUUUGUGGAGAAAUUUUCGAUUUGUCGUUUGAUCUACCAUUCAUUGAAUUUCUAUCACCUACAAUUCCUCUACGUUUCUGGAUUCAAGCUGAAAGUGUAGAUUUGACAUUUUAUCUGCCAGAAGUCAAUACAAAUCGUAAUAUACUUGUAGCUUUGGAUAAAAAUGCACUUAUUCAGUGUCGAGAUGGAACUUCAAAACCACUUUCUGAUCUCAAUAAGAAUAAAAAGUGGCGUAAUAUUUGUCAGAAUGGUUUAGGUUGGAUUGAUUGUUGGUCUGUUCCAAUUGUUGCAUUGAGUAUUAAUUAUACAUAUCAUCCUUGUUCCCCGUCAGGCCCUACACCACAAGCAAACAUUACAACUCCAGAAAAAGAAGAAAUUUUAUUAUCACCUAUGAGAAUACCAAGAUGCAGAAAAUCGCCAGGACUUCAAUGGGCUAAAGAAGGUGCUAACAAAUUUGAUCCUUUAACAUUAGAACCAGAUAAAUUAAGCCUUGAGUUAGAAAUAGGCCCCUCAAUUUUGUUUCUAAAUGGAUCUCUUAUUAAAAAUUUUAUACAUCUUAAAGAAAAUAUUUUUGGAGACUAUCAAGCAUUCACAGAUAUGCAGCAAACUCGUGUUAGUUCUGCAAAUGUUAAGGUAGACAAAAAUAAAGAUCGAGAUAUACAAAAUAAUAGCCUUGAAACAUCAGUUGAGGAUGAAGAUACAAAGACCAAGCCAUUUGAUCCUAGAGAAUAUAGACCUAUGGAAGUUACUGUUGGAAUCACAAUACAUGAUGUUCAAGCUCAUUUACUAAAAAAUUGCAAUGAUAAUGAUCCUCCAUGUCCUGUUAUACUUCUUGAGCGUUUCGGAUUUGAAAUGAAAAAAGGUUUUAAAGAAACAGAAUUGCAACUUCUGCUUUCUCCUGCAAUUUUACUAUUAUCAGAUGAAGUUCCAAGAUCUAAUAAAGAGAAACAUUUGAAUCAAGGACAUUUAAUGUUAAGUGCUUUACAAGUUAGAGGUCAUGCAAUGUUUAGUAAUGAGGGUAGAAAUUUGGAUGAAGAAACUUUAGAAUAUUCCUGGUUAAUUGAAGUUCAACUUGGAAAAUUGAGUGGAAAAAUGACAUCACCUCAACUGCAUCAUUUAAUAACAUCUUUGGAAACGUUUUUAUUAAUGGCCAAAAAUUCAGAAAAUUGUCUUCGUUCACCAGGACUACCAAAUCUCUGUCACCAUGGUCUUCCACCCUUGCAAUGUGCAGACAGUGAUAUUGAUAAGCAUUACAGGUGUCCCAGUUCAGAGGAUAUUAAAUAUAGAAUGACAAGAGUGGCGAUUGAUUCAGUUGAUUUAUAUAUUCAGGAAAGUGGAACUGCAUCACAAGUAUGGAUUUCCCCAGUUCGUGUAUCUACUUGCAAUCUGCAUGGACAACAAGUAAAAGCAGGAAUGACAGGGAUACUUCCAACAAUACUGAUUCGUCAGUUUGUGUCAGCUGUUGGUCAUUUCGCAAACACAAGUAACACAAAUACAACUGCCAGUGGUAGAUCUUAUAAUAAUGCUAAUAGUCGAUUGUCAGGUGAUGGUUCAGAUGUAUGGCUAGAAGUUGGAUCAGUUUCAAUGGGGCCUAUUGUAAUUGAAGCUGCUAUUUCACUUCCUACUCCUGAACAUAAUCUACAUUUAGUACAAAAUAAGUAUUUAAAGACUCAUGAUGAAAAAACAAAAAGAUUGUGGUUCUUGUGGACACAAGAUAGUAGUGCGAAAAUGUCACGAUGUGGCUGUAUAGGAGGAUGUGCAUUUUUUGGAAACAAUAGAAAUGGUCCUCGAUUUUUCAAACCUAAUCAUCAUGAUUUGCAGGAUGGAAUAAACAUAGCUGCUUACAGAAUAUAUGAAAUUGGAAAAGAUAAAGGAUUUGGGCAAUCUAUAUUACAUGAUGGUCAGCUGGUUUUUCACACACCUCCUUAUAGUUUACAAGAUGUAACGCUACAAGAUAUUAAUUCAUCAAUAGCUCAAGGUGUUAUGCAUAGAAUGCAAGGUUCAAAAGUAAUUAUAGAAAGUUCAAAGUCAGUUUUAAGUCAAAACAGAGGAUCAGCUGCUGAUGAAAGUGAUAGUGCAAAAUUAAAUGUUUCUUCUAUAAGCCCAUUUUCUGGUAACAACAAAAAAUCUCUUGGUAGACGAUUUUCGUACACCUCUAAUCGGAAUAACGUGAAGGAUGUCCCAUAUUCUCGCCUAGUUGAUGCUAGUCCCAUCACACAAUUACCUCCUAAAUUAGACUCAGAUUCAAAAUUAGAUUCUCAACGCAGCAAAUCUAUUUUGAGCGUUCCAGAAAUUGAAAAUACGCCUAAAAGUAGUGCAUCAGAUUCAAAAUUGGCUGUUGAUUAUUUCUACAUUCAAGAAACUGAAUCACUUCAACAAUGUGCUAACCCACAAAUUAUGUGUGCAAACCGAUUAAAAUCCAAUGGAAUGACACAAGUUAUGCUCAAGAAUAAUGAAAUAGUGAAUGUUUCUGAUUCUCAGCAUUCUUUAUAUGUGCAAUCUGAUUCAGAAGAUAAAUUGAUUCAGGAGGUGCAAAGGACAGUAUCUAUGUCUUCGGAAAACCAUUCUGAAGCAUUCUAUUCUGCAGAUGAAGAUACUAGUCAUGGCAUGGGUGGCAGUCAAAAUUCCAGUGUGCGGCAUUCACUUGUUAGUACUGGCUAUGUUUUCAAUCAAUCCGAAUGUAUAAAGAAAAAAUUUUUAUCGGACUUGUCAAUUGUGGAAAGUUCUGGUAAUGUAAAUUAUACAGCUGAAGUUAUUCCAGAAAAAGCACAUACUCUAGAGAGAACAAAACCUCAGUCAGCAAACGUUUGUAAGAGUCCUCGAUUUCAUAUGAGGUCUAAUUGUCAAACAGGAUCCAAUGUUGGUGAAAACGAACUUUUGCAAGAUUCAUCGGAUAGUCAUUCUGUUUCAUCAACCAGUUUUAUAUCUGCUGUCUCUUCUCAAGAAGACAUGACUUUAGUGAAUUUGCAUAUGCAAGUUAAUAAACCUAUAGUUGAUUCGCCACUGCUAAUGUCUAGUUAUGUCAGUCAUUUAACGCAGUUGCGCUGUAAUAAUUGGUUUACAUCAUCUUUACCUAGCACUGGUGAUGCAUUUACAACUCCACUUUUUAAACGUACUGAAGAUGGUAGACUCGUUUAUAUAGGAGGGUGCUACAUACCAAAAUAUGAUGUUAUAACUGAAGGUUUUACUUCUUUAAAAAUGAUAAAUCGUAAUGAUGUUUCACCAAAAGCUUCUUCUUCUAAUAGAACACCAACCCAUCCAUAUUUGUGGGAUAACUCUACAUUGAUUGCAUCUGAAGAAGGAGAAGAUAAUUUACCAAGUGAUGAAGAGGAACUGUUAACUGCUCAACAUGAAAAUGGAUCUCGAACCACAGUCAUUGUAAAGCUAAAAGGAGACAUUGAUGUCAUGUUAACUCCUUUAGUUUUGGAAUGUCUGCAACGAUUUAUUGAUGCUAUAACUCCAACUUUAAUUAAUCUGCACCCUCUAACAAUUUUAAAUCAUCUGCAUAAUGAGUGUAUUAGAAGGGUUGAAGAUGCAAACAUUUUAAAACAAGAUCAAAGCCUAUCGUACUGGAGUCAAGUGCAAGCUAGUUCAAAACGUUCGACUGCAGAAAGAAAUAUAAAGCACGAUGAAGGUAAAGUGGCUUUGCAAACUAGUGUUUAUGAAGAAAGUAUUGCUACGCAAAUUCAAGGAAAUAUUAUCUUACCUAAGAUAAACGUCACUUUAUUGCAAGCUUCAGUUGUAGAAGAAAUAAUAUCUUUCUCUGCUUUGGACAACAUCCGUGAUCUAACAUGUGUUUCCCUGUUCGCUAUUUGUUUGGACGAUGUGACUGCGAGAUUUUAUUUAGGAAAACAAGCCCGCGAAAUUGUUCAGACGUUUCAUAAACCAGCGGUUCUGCCCAAUCAAAAGAAAGUCAAUAAAAUCACUAAGGCAUUUUUAUCAGGACAUCAGACUGCAGCUGUAGUAGCUGAUAUUGGUGGAGGUGAAACUGUAUAUAUAGAAACAUCAGAAAAACAGCAAGAAGAAAUAAUUGUUACACUUAAUAUAGGAAAAGCUCAUACACAAUUAAGAAGACUAAGAAAUGAAUCGUCAAUACUGAAGGAUGCUGUAAUAACAGCAAUACCGUCUUAUUAUUCAAGAGUAUUGUUUACUUGUACAAGAAUUACAUCACCUUUAAAAUGUGUUGAUUACUAUCUCAUUCAACCAUCAGAUGAGAAAGAAAAGCAAUGUAAACAAAACAAUCCGCCACAGGCAACUGAAGAAUUUACUGUAGGAUGUGGAGUGGAUAGAUUAGGGUUCAUAAUGUUUGAAUGUGGUUUAGAAGGAAUAAAACUUAAAAUCGUUAAAAGAUCUCAAUUUGAAAAAGGUGAUAAUGGAUAUGGAGAGAAAAAAUCUAAAGUAGAAAUUUUACAGAAAGGCAAUAUCAAUAAAAGUCAAGAUGAACUCAAUAAUAUAGCUGCAUCAACGAUGGAUACCCUUGAGCAAGAUUUGACUACAGCAUCUUCGUUGAAUGCAACUGGUUUGCAAAAUCAACCACAUGUCAAUAGUAGUAUCAAUGCUGUAAAUACAACAACUGUGAUAGCAAAACAACUUAGUGGAAAUACCGUUUCUUGUGUAAUAGAACUUAGAACUGUCUGGUUUAAUUUUGCUGCGCCUCCACGCACUCCAAUUACACGAAAAAUUGAUUAUACAAGACUUGAUUGGAACUUGCUGAGCACUGCCAGUCCAGCUAUCAAUGCUUGGAUGAACCCAAGUAAUAGAUUCGCAAUACAGAUUGUUCACAUGUUCCGAUGUAUGUAUCGCAGAUCAACAGCUGUUGUGGCUUGCCUUAUGGCUGAGGCUCUCGAUGUACAGGCCAUUCAUAUGCCAAUCAAAAGUCGCUACGGUAGAUUAACUCCUCUUGCAAAGACCCUGCAAGAAGAUCCAUCUUGUCAGCUAUGCAGCAUUCUUCAAAAUUAUACUCUUUUAUCCAAUUUAGAAACUAUUGAAGCUAAUUUAUGCGAAACCGAUUUACCAUCUUUAUCCACUUUACGGCAGGGCGUCAUAGUUUUGAGUAGACAAUGGAAAAAUGUUCUGUAUACUCCGCUAUUGUUGGAACAUAAUUACAAGACCAAACACAUCAAGCCAGUAAACGUUGCAUAUGCAGUUUCUGAUCCAGAAGAAGAGAAUGCAGUAACUGACGGCGAAGGUAGCGGUGCUGACGCAGAUGAUCAAGAAGUAACUGAUGAAUGCGCAAUGUUGAUUCACGCCGAUCAUAUGCACAAGCAUCUUCAUUUGAAAAAUGUCCAAGAUAGAAUGUCAGUUUCAGUGAGCCCUCCUCGUGAAAAAGAUACUACUGCUGCGAUUACUCCAAUUCCAGAGACGGACUCGUUAAACCCAUCUUUACCCCUAGCACUAGCCCAAUCCACAAAGUCUUUGCAAGCUACACACACACCAGCCAGUGCUAGAACAAGUAUUGCCUUUCCAUUACUUACUACAACCGGACUAUUUAAUCAUUCUAGAGAGGCAAUCAACAUGAUAGGUUACGGCACACUGCGAGAGGAGAAGACGCCUCAGAUCUACGUUUCUCAUCACCAGUUGGGUUCGAACCCUAGCAUUUAUUCCGGUAUUAUAAAUCACGGAAGUCAGCACAGUACCAGCAGCAUCGAUCAAGUUGCCUCGCCGCCUAAUUAUCAAGCCAGUAAACCGGUCAAUCUCGGUGAGGAUUUGUAUAGCUGGAUGGCCAAACAGCAGGAAUUCGUUAAAGAUAACGAUAAAGGACAACUUAAAGGAAAUUGGGUCUUUCACACAGAACAAAAAAUUAUUAAGGAUUCCAAAAUUAAUACUAUGACUACAGAAGAUACUGAAGACUCCGAUGUGCAAAGUGCAGCUCUUCUUUAUACAAUGAAAGAUUCAUUGCGCUUAUUAGAUGCUCACUUGAUUUUUGAACCACUUUUAUCGUCUUUAUCAGUAAUGCCACAGCAAAUGCUAUCCGCUAUUAGUUCCGGAAAUAUGAACAAUGUAUCUUCCUUGGAUUCGUUAGGUUCUAAUUUAUCUCUUGUCAGCAGUAUAGAAACCAUGAGGAUUGACAUUGUUGUUAGUGAAUAUGGUAAAGUUUCAAGCAAAAAAAAAAGCAAUAAGUGUACAUCGAAAAAAGUAUCAGGAUCUAAAUUUCAUUUAGAUAUUCCACCUGAGACUCCUGCGUUUCUUUGCGAAAAAAUUAGUAUUGAUAUAGACAUUAAAAAAAUGGCAGAUAUGACCGUUGAUGAUAUGAUUCAGAAACAGAAUGUUCUUUAUAUUUCUCGAGGCCAGUUAAAGAAACAUACUAGUACUGUUGUUAACUUUAGUUUAAAUAUUCGUUACAUUAGUCAACAGGUCAACAUGCCACUUCUUCGACUAUUGCAUCAAAUCAGCAACAUGUACCAAAACGUCAAAGAAACUCAAAUGGAGUUAAAAGAUCAACAGCCUGAAACUAAAAUGAAUGCAAACAAUUUAAAUACAAACAGACCAAAAAAUGAUUCUUUAUCAACAUCUGAUCUUCAAGAACAGCUUGCAGCUAACAUUAAAAAAGCCGAAAAAAUUGUAAUUGGCGUGAAACCCAAUAUUAAUCUAACAAAAGUAAUAUCCCCUUCGGCAAGUAUUCGUUCACGACCUCAAAGUUUUGCUCAAAAGUUAAGAAGUACAGGUAAAAGUGUCAAGGGAUACAUAAAUUUAAGUGAAGGUAUAAUUACGCCAAAUUUUGGUGCAAGUCCCAGUAGUUCUGGUUUAGAAAAAUUUAGCAUACUAUCUGAAAAAUGUAAAAACAUUUCUAAUAUAGCUCCUAGAUGUUGGAAAACUAUUUAUUACCUAUUAGAUUUGUAUGCAAUUAGGCCUGAAACAAAAAUGAUCACUCACAGACUUUCCUUUCCUGCGGAUACAUCCGAUCAUUUUAAAGGAGGUAGAAAAUACGAAAAUUUAGGUGACAUAAAAGACAUUGACAUAGAAAAGGGUGGUAAUGCUGAAUCUAGUUCUACGCCUAUUCCUCCUCGAGAAUUGAGCGUUGUCACCGGUGAAAGAACAAGACUGAUUAUUUUUGGUGUUGCUAAAAUACAUCGAACAAGACUAUUAGCUACUCUCAGUGGUCUCAAACUUGAAGCAGAAAUUACUAGUUUACAUUCCAGUCUAACAUGUCGAAAGAAGACAAAACCUGCCAGCUUAGAAUGUAGUCUAACUGGUCAAAUCGGAAGAACAAUGAUAGUUCUUCUAGAAGGCGUAGCACCUAGUCAACAAACUAUUGUAAAAGUAACUGUGGGCAAAUCACAAGCUUUAUAUUCAAGUAUCACUAAAAAACAAAAAGAUAAAAACAGCGGCUUAUUAACUGUUGGGGCUGUGAAUAUUGAUAUUCCUCAACACCCUGUUGCUUUACAUGGUAUGAUGACUAGAGGUAGUAAACAAUUAUCCUCUACGCUGCAGGAACUUCGAGUAACGAGAACUUCGUCGCGAAUGGCCCGAGGACAGCAACAAGAGGAUUUAGAAGGAGCGCCAGGGUGUAGUCCUCGUCAAUAUCCUCAAGCUCAAAUAUAUGAUCACGAGAAAUCUCAAACUGUUUCAAGUCUAUUAGAUCCUAUUGUAAUGCAAUUCAACAUAAUUCUUCAAAGUCUAAGUAUCACAGCAGCUCUGCUACCAUCUUUGCAAGCUCAAUAUAAAAUGGAUCAAGUAAAUAGCUCUGGAAUGACUGGCAGCAAAGCUAAAUUUACAAUAGAUUUACCGCAUCAUAGCCUCAGUUUUACAACAAAGCUUCAAGUAGCAGAAGCAAAUUUACCAUCGGAGGCUAGUAUAGAAUUACCAAAAGUUCAUGUUUCUGCUGAGUACAUUCAAGAUGGAGGAAGCAAUUUAAAUGACAGUAAAAUUGCAGAUGGUGUCGUCCUGAGACAAGGCAACUAUUUAAGUGCUACAGCAGAUAUCGGAAUUUUCGAACAUUCUUUGACCACUGAUCUUUUAAAUCAUUUAGUUUUUGUUCAGAAAGUUUUUAUGAAGGAAGUAAAUGAAGUUGUACAAAAAGUAUAUGGAGGGGAAAAGCCAGUCCCUUUAUGGCUUGAAGACGAGGAGCCUGCUGGUACGUCCAGUCUUAAGAGGAUUCUAUUUUCUCUUAUUAUUCGUAUAAAAAGAAUCCAGCUGACGGCAACGACACCUACUAAUUCUGCAGUACGUCUAGAAACCGGUGCCUUCGAAUUUCAACUUUCAAAUCGAGUACAGAACGUUUCAGGUUCUACUCAACCAAAUCCAUACAUGAAACUUUUUGGAAAAGCACAGGUUGAUAUAAAUUUAAGUCUUGGACAACUGCUGAAGAACGUUAUGUUCGAAGAGGCCGAACCUGAAUUUCAACAAUUUGCGUUUUUCAACACCCGUGUUGGAUUGAGAAACGCUUUUCAAGAAGAAAUGGCCCAAGGGGAAGACAAGGAAGUGGUGUUGAUAACUUUAAAGCGACCUCUUAUUUACAUCCAACCAAUGGCUGUUGAUAAAGCCAUACUUGUGUGGCUAAAUUAUAAGAAUGCUUAUGAAUACUGGAAUGAAAAACGGUCAAAUCUGAAUAAAGAAGUGUUGACAGCUACUCAGCAAGUAUUUGAAAAGGUUCCAUUUGGUCAAUUAACUAGCCAAUUAAGUGCUCCUCAUUUAGGGACGUUGUUCCUUCAAUUAACAAUAGAUGAUAUGGGUAUUUGUAUACCAUUAAAUCCACUCCCUCCUAAAAAUUGGGGGCUUAGUAGAGGACUUUACGACGGAGAUUCGCGAGGCGCUGUUGUUAUAACUUUAGAAAAUACAAGUAUUUCUGCAUGCAGCAGUGGCAGUUUAGUGAGCAAAGCUAGAUUUAUAGGAUUAUGCUUACGUUUCGCAGAAGACUUUGAAACAUCACUAGAUGACUGGAAACCAGACAUGAGUGAUAAUAACAUCAUGAAUUUGUGCGUUGUUUCUGAAGGAACGUAUGAAGUAUGCAGUCGAACAAUAGCACAAAAACAAGAUAAAUCUGCUAAAGUAACAGAAAACGCAAAGUGGAUACUAAACGUUCAAUGGCAGAUGGAAGGAGUCGAUAUUCAUUUAGACGUAAGCGUAGGUCAACAACUUUCUGCGCUUGGGCAUACUCUGACAAUGUUGACCGGAUCAGAAGAAGACGACGCUUAUGCUUCUCUUGAUUAUGACAGUGACGAUAUUGAUCAGCCAGAUAACAGGACCAGUCAAGAAAGUAUUUUAAUAAAGAAAUCAAAGAACUGGACAGAUCGUUUGCCAGCUUUUGUUUUUGAUCCUUCUAUCGAUGCCAAAAAGCGUUCCAAGCUAAUUGAAAAAGAAAUGAACGAACAAGCUAAAAUUAUUAACGACUUGAGGUCUCUAGGUGCAUCACAUGGUACAAUUGAGCAAGAAAUGAAACGGUUACAUGAAUUAGAAGCUGUAGUAUUCAAAGAUUUCAGACGUGAUAUGAUACAAAAAUUAAGACGGCAAUCAGUAAAAGCUUCGGGAAUACGGGGAAAAUUGGGGCUUGGAGGCAAAUCUAAUUCAUAUAGAUCGAGAUCAUUUAUUGUGCCAUCACCUACGCCAGAACAUCAUAUAGAAAGUCCUGAAGAUUUAAAUUUAGAAAUAAAUUCGGCUAACUCUGGAAGUUAUGAAAGUAGUCCCAAAAGUGGCCCUAGUAGAUCUGCAUCACUCAAAGUAAAAGGAUUAAGUGGGCCUAGAGUUACUUUUAGUGAUACGCAUACGAUGUGCAGACAAUCAUCUCUACCAAGUGCUGGAUCUGACUUAAGUUUACCUGAAGGAAGCUUGGAUUGGCCUGACACAAUCGAAAUAGAAGGCGAACAAGUACAAUUGCGGAAGAAAAAUAAAGAUAUUAGUUCGACAUCCAGUUAUGACAGUACGGAAGGAAACAAUCCAUUAAUCGAUGCAUUUGGAAGAGAUCAUGUUUCGACAACGUCAUCACCGUACAUUAUAGCUCAAAAACCACAGGAACCAAAUAUCGAUUUUGAGUUGGAUGUUAAAGUUUUAAUUAAUAGCGGAAAGUGCGUUUUGCAUACUAAAGACUCUGCCAAAGAAGAUGAAUUAAAAAUAAUGAGUCGAAUGAAGAAAGAACGAUCUUGUUCUGGAGGAACCUUUGAAUUUCAGCCUAGUAGUCCAAGUAGUGGUAAGAAAAACAUAAGUAGUAAAGAAAAAUCUACAAUCAGUUCAUCUAGACUUCGGUACAUUCAUCAUGCAAACGUGCCUUUAGUGGAUUUGACAAUAUUUCAUAUCCCCGGUUUGGAUGUUAAAGUUCAUUAUGAGUCCAAAACUAUUUCUGAAGAAGCUUUUUCUCCUCGUAUAUCAAUUGAUAAUCCUAUCUUAAAUCCAUCAUUGAUGUCCGUCAUUAAAAAAUCUAGUACUAAAAAAGCUAGUCUUUUUGCAUGGAUGACACUACAGAGCAUACCAGAAGAGACUAUUAUUAGUCCGCAUAUUCUCGAGUUUUUAGAACAAACACUAGAACCUAUUCCCAGCAAAACAAACUUUCAAAGUGGUGGCCAAUCCGCUAUGUUUCCUUUGGAAACUAUGGAAAGUUCUUGGGCUGCUACAGCUGCAAGUACUAAUUACGUGUAUGCCAGCUUUCCAGUGGAUGUUAUUGUCUACUUCCAUAUGCAACCAUCAACAUUUAGGUUUUCCUGUCUACCAGUAUCGCGAGUCGAGUGCAUGUUGCAGCUACCAUCUCUUGACAUCAUUUUUUCAUCAAAGCGUGCAGAAGAGGAGCUUAUGGAGUUUGGUGAAUGCAAGCCGACUGUUGGACAGCACUUCACUGGUCUUAGCAAAGAAAGCGGCUCGGCGACAGGUGGGCUAUCAGUCACCGGCUGCCUUGCUGACUUCUCAGUAUAUAUUUUCCAUCCAUAUGGGGGUGGUAAAAAAUCAGGUCUUAAGGAAGCCCAAUGGUCACCACUUUCCGACAGUGAAAGAAAGGAUUCACUCAGUAUCAAUGUCGAGUUUGUCAAGUUCCAUUUAUCAAGGAGUAGAAAACAGAAUUUCACUAAUGAGCAAUUAAUGAUAGGAUCCGAUACCAGUAGAGCUGUUAUAAGAUUUUCUACCAUUGUUGAUAUUGGUUCAGCGUCUUUCAAAUAUGAUAUGCGUCGAUUAACUGAAAUCCUUGCUUUUCCAAAAGCUUGGUAUCGACGCAGCAUAGUUCGACGUUUGUUUUUGGGGGAUUUAAGUUCAGGAUUGGCAUACUCGGAAGAAGACGCAAGCCCUAAUAAUAAAGAAGAAGCAGUGAUAGGAAGUUCUUUGUUAAAACAUCAUGAUAAAUAUAUUGGCGAAUUGUUGUCAAAAAGCGUCACUGAACGAAGUCCGACGUCAAAUAGAGAAAAACUUAGAUUGAGUUUUGAUAAUGAUGCUCCUAAGCAAAUUCGUCUAAAAGAUAUUGGAAGGGGAUGGAGUUUUACGAGCGAGAAGCAAACAGCAUCCGAAAUUAAGUUACGAGAGCCGGCUUGGGAAACUUUAGUACUUUUUGCCAUAAAUUUUACUCGUUUAAAUGUUCACAUGAAUAUGGGAAACGUAAUGGGAAAUGUCUCGUGGAUGACAAAAGAUUUUCGAUCUGAUGGAAGAUUAUCAAUUGGCAGUACCGGGCAUAAAAAUUUAUACAUAGGCAUUGGUUUGGGAGGUUCCAGUUUAGAUGCCAAAGGUGGCAUUGUUGGUGGUAUCAUAGAACUCAGCAAAAUCGACACCUACAUUCAUAUUUGUGAAGAGCCUGAUACAGAGCCGGAUCAUACCGUUGGAUUGAAGUUAUUUGCUUUAGAAUUACGUUUAGAUUACAUGGGAACAAGUGUUUUAAUGUCUAGAGUUUCAUCAUUAGAUGUCACUUUGAGAGAUGAAUGGAAAAUCAAUAGAAAUAGCAAUGGGGAUGCAUUUAUGCCUACUAGAAGACCAGCAAUAAUAUUUAUGCAUGGCGACCUUGGCUGGGAUCAAUUGCAAAUUAUGAUAAGUAAAUCAACAACUGCAGAUUUGCUUAAGAUGUUUUAUAAACUAGAUGAAUUCUUCAGUCAGCAAUUUAAAAGUAGUAAACGCGUUUUUAGUUCUCUUCAAACAAGGCAGCAGAAGAUAAAUAAUAGUAGCAUAAAGAAAAAACAUAUGAAGAAACGUGCGAACUUUGAAGGGACAUGGUUGACCAAUCAAGCUGCUUUGACAGAUGCUCGACACCAUCGACACUGGCAGCGAGUCUUAAGUCAAGUUUCAGGUUUACAAUUGGGAAGUUUGAGAUUUUCUUUACCAACAAAUGGUACCGUUCUUGGUGGUACUAUGGAGCUUCAUGGAUCCAAUAUUAGCUUAGCUUGCUUCCAUGGUAUUAAUUUUAAGAGUAAGAGUUGGGCACUAUUUUCAUUAAAAGAACCAUGUAUUAGCUUUGCUACAGAGGCACAAGAAAUUCCAAGUGUUGAAUCACCGAAUUCGUACGAUGUUCAUGUAGUACAAACAUUAACGAUUAGCCUUGGACAACAACAAGAACAACAUGCUAGGCAUCAUUCUAUGGCCACUGUUUGUAGAUUAAGUCGAAGCGUUCUUUUUCCACCGCAAUUUAAAUCUUUACAAGAAUGGUUUCAUUAUGCGUUUGCUAAUAGUGAAAUCGAUGCCAUAGAUCGAUUUCCAUGUGUCGAAAGAGAACGUUCUGAAAGUACGUCUGAAAGCAGUAGCUCAAUUCGAGGAAGGAAUUCAUCGACCACUUCCGGAAAGCUACAAGAGCAUUCUCAUACAAGAGAAGUCAUAUUUGCGUUGCCGUCAUUACAAUUGCAUUUAAAAACGGAGCAUCUACAAACUGCCAAAACACCUGAUGUGAUAGGUGACAAACCGCUCGUAGAAUGCAGUUUUAUUACUGAAUUUGAGGACCAUAUAUUUGUUACUGUCGAUGCGGAGGCUUUCUUCUUUUUGCACGAUCUCAUAACAUCUUAUGUUAAGGAAAAAGAACGAGUGGUAAUACAUGCAAUGCAACAUUACAGCACUAGAGCGCACAGUCCAGAUUCUAAUGAUAGAAAAAGUGCAGGUUGUUCAACUAGUUUAACUACAUCCUCUGUAAUUAUAGAAGAUGAUAAGAAACGUAAACAGUAUGAUCCCGCAGAGAUGUUUAUAAAAGAUUGGAGAUCCUAUAGGUGCAAAACUUGGCACCUAGAACCGACUGUAAGACUUCUUUCAUGGGCUGGCAAGAGUAUCGAACCUUAUGGCAUAGACUAUAUUUUACAAAAGCUAGGAUUUUCUCAUGCCCGUACUACAAUACCAAAAUGGAUUCAGCGAGGUUUCAUGGAUCCCUUAGACAAAGUACUUGCCGUUAUUAUGUUGAGAAUGAUAUUGGCUGUUCGGGAAGAAGUUGUCAACGAAAAAGCGUAUAAAAAAGGAUAAAUAAUGUUAUCGUAUGAAAAUCUUUCAAAUAUAAUUUAAUUCUUAUUUUAUAUAAAAUGCAAAAAAGAAGAUAUACUUAGUCAACUAAUUUCUUAUAAUUAAACUAUCAUUUUUAUGUGUAUAGAAUGUAUAUUGCUAUUCGUUUUUUUAAAUAACGACGAGUGUGCAUUUCUGCACGCAACUUUCUUCAUUUGUGAUUCAAUCUAACAUUUUUUGAAUAGCAAAUAAUUGUAUUAGAGGAUCAUUGUACAUUUUUAUUCUACUGUAAAUCUAAGAAACUUUUUACUUAUAAUCUUUAAAUGCAAGGCUACAGAAUUACGAUUAAUUUAUUAUUGUAAAUAAAUGCAUAAAGUCCAAAGUUAUAAAUUUAAAUUAAAAAAUGUGUAAAAUAAGUGAUUCCUCAAUUUUUCAAUUACAUCAUUUCAGAGUACAUUUUAUAAUAUAUUUCAUAUAAAAUUAGUUAGGUUUCUUAAAAUGUCGACACUUUAUGCAAUUGUAAUUCUACUGUAAACUUAUAGUUGAUAUUUAAAAAUCUAUUGAUUUGUGUAUUCAGUAUAACUUUAAAAUCAAACAAAGUUGAUUGUGUGGUGUCGUAAAAUUUGACUCACAUGUUAUUCAUUUAUAAUCGCUUUUAAUAAAGUAAAGAAAAACG